GGCACCAAGCACUCCCAGACAGGACUCGUCUGAGUGCUGCCUUGUCCAGACCAUAUAAAAAAUGCAGCUUUGUGCUGACUGAGAAGUAACAUUUUUUCUGGAACAAGACUCUGAUUUUUCUGACACUAAUGACCUUAAACAAGACAGAGGAUUUGAAAUUUGAUGCAACAGGGCGCAUAAGUUUUGACUAUGUGCAGGGAAUUCGUCAACCCACACCCACCUGUGACAUCUGGGAUCAGAUCUGGAAUUUUCAAGCCAAGCCUGAUGACCUGCUUAUUGGUACCUAUCCUAAAGCAGGAACAACAUGGACUCAGGAGAUAGUGGACUUAAUACAAAAUGACGGUGAUGUUGAGAACAGUAAACGAGCACCUACUCAUGUACGAUUUCCUUUUAUCGAAUGGAUAAUCCCAUCCGUAGGAUCUGGUUUGGAACAAGCUAAUGAAAUGCCCUCACCACGGAUCCUGAAAACACAUCUUCCCAUCCACUUGGUACCACCAUCCUUUCUAGAGAAAAACUGUAAGAUAAUCUAUGUAGCAAGAAAUCCCAAGGACAAUAUGGUGUCCUAUUACCAUUUCCAAAGAAUGAAUAAAACACUUCCUGAUCCAGGAACAUGGGAUGAGUAUUUUGAGACUUUUCUGGCUGGGAAAGUGUGCUGGGGCUCUUGGUACGACCACGUGAAAGGAUGGUGGAAAGCCAAAGACCAACACCGUAUUCUCUACCUCUUCUAUGAGGAAAUGAAGAAGAACCCAAAGCAUGAGAUUCAGAAGCUGGCAGAGUUUACUGGAAAGAAACUAGAUGACAAAGUUCUAGAAAAAAUUGUCCAUCACACUUCAUUUGAUGUUAUGAAGCAGAAUCCAAUGGCAAACUAUUCCACACUUCCUACUGAAAUCAUGAACCACUCCAUUUCUCCAUUCAUGAGAAAAGGAGCAGUGGGAGAUUGGAAGAAACACUUCACUGUGGCUCAGAAUGAGAGAUUUGAUGAAGACUACAAGAUGAACAUGGCUGACACCAGUCUAACUUUCCACUUUCAACUCUAGUAAGGAAGAAA